AUGACGCUAGAGAUCGACUUCCUCCAGAAGAAGAGUGUUGACAGCAACCCAUACGACUCUGAUAAAAUGGCGAUUGAGUUUAUCCAGUUUUUUACUGCACAGGCCUUUAGCAUAGGCCAGCAGUUCGUCUUCAGCUACUGUGAUAAGCUUUUUGCACUAAUCAUAAAAGAUAUCGAGGCCAUGGAUCCCAGCAUCCUUAGAGGCGAGCAAGGCUCUAAUUGCAACAGUCAGGUGAUUUGUGAGAAAUCGGAGAGCUCGUCUCUCAAUUUGAUUGGAAAAGCAAAGACCAGAGGUUCUCGGCAGUCCAUCAUUAACCCAGACUGGAACUUUGAGCGAAUGGGCAUCGGAGGCCUGGACAAGGAGUUCUCCGACAUCUUCCGUCGGGCCUUCGCCUCGCGAGUCUUUCCUCCAGACAUAGUGGAGCAGAUGGGCUGUAAACAUGUGAAGGGGAUCUUGUUGUUUGGGCCGCCCGGCUGUGGUAAAAUGCUGAUGGCGCGCCAGAUUGGUAAGAUGCUGAAUGCCAGAGAGCCAAAGGUGGGCGAGUCCGAGGCCAACAUCAGAAAGCUGUUUGCUGAUGCAGAGGAAGAACAGAAAAGGUUGGGGGCCAACAGUGGACUGCACAUCAUUAUAUUUAAUGAAAUUGAUGCCAUCUGUAAACAACGUGGCAGCAUGGCCGACAGCACUGGGGUCCACGACACUGUAGUCAACCAGCUACUGUCUAAGAUCGAUGGCGUAGACCAGCUAAACAACAUCCUGGUCAUUGGAAUGACCAACAGGCCUGACCUGAUCGAUGAAGCCCUCUUGAGGCCUGAUAGAAUGGAGGUCAAAAUGGAGAUUGGCUUGCCUGACGAGACGGGCUGUGUUCAGAUCGUGAAUAUACACACUGCAAAAAUGAGUCAGUCAAACAUGCUGGCCAACAAUGUUGACAUUAAGGAGCUUGCUGCUGAGACCAAGAACUACAGCGGAGCAGAGCUGGAAGGGCUUGUGCGAGCAGCCCAGUCCACUGCCAUGAACCGUCACAUCAAGGCCAGUACUCAGGUGGAGGUGGACACAGAAAAGGCUCACAUGCUGCAAGUCAGGAGGAGUGACUUCUUGGCCUCUCUGAAUAAUGACAUCAAGCCUGCUUUUGGCACUAAUCAGGAGGAUUACUCAAGUUACAUCAUGAACGGGAUUGUGAAAUGGAGCAAUGGUGUUUCUGAUAUACUGGGAGAUGGAGAACUUUUGGUGCAACAGACCAAGAAUUGUGAACGCACUCCACUAGUAACUGUGCUUUUAGAAGGGUCUCCUCACAGUGGUAAGACCGCACUUGCAGCCAAGAUCGCAGAGGACUCCCAGUUCCCCUUGAUCAAAAUGAUCGGCUUUACAGAGACCGCCAAAUGUCAGGCCAUCAAGAAGAUAUUCGAGGAUGCCUACAAGUCCCAACUGAGCUGUGUGUUGGUGGACGAUAUAGAAAGACCUAUGGGGGAGUCUGUCACAAUGAAUUUUGUUCCCAUCGGGCCGUGGUCCUCUAACCUGGUGUUGCAGGCUCUGCUGGUGUUAUUGAAGAAACCUCCUCCUCGGAUACAGCCUCAUCCGCACAGCUUUCAAAAGGCAAACGAGCUCGACAAGCAGUAUCACUUCUGUCUCAUCAUUCACCUCGUGCAUGAGCUGUUGACAGCUGUGUCCGCGUGCAGGCACUUUUUGAGACCGCGUGGACGGAUGCGCGGCUGUCCGCGAGCCCCCUUGACGACAAAAAUUAAAUUAUGCCGACGGUGCGCCGAUGCGGAUGGUCAAAUUAUACUUUGGUCUUUAUCAGUGGCGCACAAGAUGUGAUGACAAUAUAAGUGUCAUUGCAUUAUAAUGUUUUUGUUAACCUAUACAGUUGGAGCAACUAGAUGCAGCGCUGCGAUGUUCAUUAAAAAUAUUGCAGAAGAAGAUAAUGUGGAGAAGAUCUUGUUUACGUAAAAACUGAAACCAAGCCAUUCACACAGAACUUAUAUUUCAUGCAUUUUCGAGAGAGGGAUAUCUUCUGUCACCGUUGCACUUGCAUCUAACACAAUAGAGCCGC